UUGUCGCACACUAAUGACGUAAACCCUCACUUUUUCAUCAUGGCGGCGGAGGUUUUGGAGAUGAGUGGUAACGGAGAGCUCGAACAGACUUCAGCCAUGGAUGUCUCUGAGGAUCCGCCGCCACCUCCACCUGAGAUCUCAGAGGAAAACGGUGGUGCUGCUGUGGUCCCUGAGGCCCCAGCAGACCCUGACUCUCUCUCAGAGGCCCCUGCUGCAGAUAAUGCAGAGAGGGCGGGACUACCUUCAGACUUUGAAUGUUUGUGGACCGCUGCAAACAACAAUCCUCAAGACUUCACCAGCUGGACGGAUCUUCUUCAAUACUGUGAGCAAGAGGGUAACUUCACAGCCUCCCGCAGAGCUCUGGAGGCCUUUCUAGCUCGUUAUCCUCUGUGCUACGGCUACUGGAAGAAAUAUGCUGACCUGGAGCGCCGUGCUGGGGACAAUAGUAAAGCAGAGGAGGUGUGCAUUCGGGGUCUUAAGGCGAUUUCCCUGAGUGUGGAUUUGUGGAUUCAUUACAUCAAUCUAUUACUGGGAACACUGGACAUGAAUCUAUCUGAUUCACCUGAGCGGAUACGGAGUGUGUUUGAGGAUGCCGUUGUAGCAGCUGGACUAGACUUCCACUCAGAUCGACUGUGGGAUCUGUACGUCGAGUGGGAAAAGGAACAGGGAAACAUGAAGAAAGCAGCAGCUGUCCUGGACAGGGUCCUCAAAGUCCCCACGCAGCUCUACAACACCCACUACGACAAAUGCUGUUCCUACGCAUCGUCGGAGCUGUUCUCAUAUUUAGGAACAUUUUCAAGUACAUAUGGAUUUAAGGAGAACCUGAAUAAUAAUCCACCUAAGGAGGUGCUUUCCUCUGAGGAGUACGAGGAGCUGAGGGCAUUAUGCCGACAGAGCCAGAAAGCAGAGCGUGCUGAACAGGCUCAGGAGGUGGAGGAAGAGAGGCCUCCGGGGGAGGAAGAGCCCACUACACCUGAAGGCACAGACUCGGAGGAGCUGAUGCAGAAGAUAAGAGAACAGGCGCUGCUUCAUAGAGACAAAGUGUACCAGGACAACGAGGCAGAAGUUCGGAAGAGGUGGCACUUUGAAGAAGCUAUCAAGCGUCCGUAUUUCCACGUUAAGCCUCUGGACCGCCUUCAGCUCCAAGCCUGGCACUCCUACCUGGACUGGGAGAUAGCUGAGCUAAAUGGGGACCACAAAGACCCAGCUGCACAGAGUGAUCCAAACCAGGAAGGUACAGAGGAAUCCGAGGUCACCCCCCAGCAUCACGAAGCAUCAACGGGUGAUUCGGUUGCUCGUGACGACUGCAGAGUUCGCAUUCUGUUUGAGCGCUGUCUGAUCGCCUGUGCUCUGUACGAGGAGGUCUGGACCAGGUAUAUUCAGUACCUGGAGCCUCAGAGUGUGGACGUAAAGCGUGCUGUUUACAAACGAGCCUGUGAGAUCCACCUGCACAACAAACCCAACAUCCACAUGCAGUGGGCCACGUUUGAGGAGAGGCACGGAAACUUUACUGAGGCUCGGCGAGUGCUGGAGGCUCUGGAGAAAAACGUGCCUGGUUUGGUGGUUGUACGCAUCCGCCGGGCUGCUCUAGAGAGACGAGCGGGUCAGCUGGACCAAUCAGAGGCCUUGCUGACUGAAGCAGUAGCAGCAUCCAAAGAGAAGCCCACGUUACAUGCCUUCUACUCCAUUAAGCUGGCCCGUCUGCUGCUGAAAGUGGGCAGCAACCCCAGCAGAGCCCGGAGUGUAUUACAAGAAGCACUGGAGAUCAGUCCGGACAAUGAUAAACUGCAUUUGAACCUGCUGGAGCUGGAGGCGUCUGGAGACCCCCGAGCUUCUGCUGAGGCAGUGCAGGAGUGUGUGACGCGAGCCCUCGCAGCUCCUCUCACCUCUCACGCCAAAUUACUUCUGUCACAAAGAGGCCUUCAGUUUGCAGAAGAGUACAGCGGCUCUAUCAAGAGUGUGCUGUCUGUCUAUGAGGAGCAUCAGAAACUGUUGAAUGAGAUCGGAAAAACAAAGAGAGAAGCAGAGAACGGGGAUGAAGAUCCUCAGAAACUGAGCAAAAACGAGGACAGUUCUACUGUUGCUGCAGCCGAAGAAGUCCCACCCACAAUGCCCCAAGUUCCCAUUACUAAUCCACCUCCGUCCGUGAUAGGCACUGACACGAGCGCACAGGCCGGAUAUGGAGCAUACAGCAGCUGGUACCAGCAACCACAGUAUGGCAGCUACGGGGGCUACGGCUACCAGAACACCUGGAACUACAACCAGGCCUAUUAUCCACCCUGUUAAAGGAAGCUUCACUCUGAUCCAUCAGACAUAAUCACAAAGUUCUUAAGGCCCAACAUAUCCCAGCAUCCCUCUGGGCUCUUCUCUGUCUUGGAUUUGUGGAAAUCAGAAGUGUUGCUCAUUUAAAAUCUGGUACUUUUGUUUAAUUUCUAAGGAGAUGGUGAAACGAUGACACCCGAAAACCAUGACGCCCAUUUUCACUAAACUUUCUCUGUAUUUUGAUCUAUUUUUGUAUUUAUUGGCCACCCAGCCCCUCAUAGUUUGAGCCAUCCUCUUUGUCCUACUUUUCAGUGUCGAAUGUUUUUGUACCAUUCCACUGUGAUGGCUGUGCUUGCUUUUAAUGUACAUAAAGGUGUUUUAUAGUGUGUCA